CAUCUUUUAUAAUAUAAAACAUAAAGUGUAAUGUAUAUAUACAAUGUUUCAUGUGCGAACAGCUGUUUAAUAUUUGCAAACAGAUAAUAUUUUUUUCUCUAAAUAGUUAUUGUAAAAUGUGUAAAAAAUGUUAUCAAACCGACCUCAAUCGCCAAAGGAAGAAGACUGCUGCGGUAAUUCAUGCAACCCGUGUAUAUUUGACGUCCAUAAAAAUUUAUUGAAACAAUGGGAGUUGAAAAAAUUAAAUAGCAAGUCAAAUAAUAUACUAGAGCCUUUGGUGUACAAAUUAUUCAAAGUUUAUGAAUUAAAACAAUUAAAUGAUGACUAUAUUACGUUAAUAUUGCGCUAUAGCGAUAAAGAAAUAAAUGAUGGACGUGUGAUAUUUAAUCCUGGACAACAUGUUGUGAUAAAUUAUUUAAAGUGGUCGAAACCAUUCACCCCAAUUUCAUGGAGUGAUGAUACUAUUACAUUUUUAAUUAGAAUUUACGCUGACGGUAUCAAUACCAAGAGAUUAAAAAAUUUGGAGAUCGGUGAGCUGAUUAAAGUCCGAGGACCGUACGGAGAUUUUGUGUACUCGCGUAAUAAAUUUAAAAGUAUUGUUAUGCUUAGCAUUGGAAGUGGUCUAGCAGCUUUUUUACCGAUUAUUAAAUCAAUUGUUGACGAUGAGGAAGAUGAAACACGUGUUUGUUUAAAUGCUGGGUUCAGAUCAUUGGAUCUGGUGCCAUUGACUAGAAAUUUACAAUUGUUUACUGACUAUUGGAAUAUUGAAUGCAAUCUUUAUUUAACAGAAGAUGCUAGUAAAAAAGUCAAUGGAAUUAAUAUCGAGAAAGGAAGAAUUGAUGAAAGAAUUUGUAAAUGUAUUUUAGAUAAUUAUUCGGCGAGCAGCUCUUUAGUUUUGAUUUGUGGUACAGAAAAAUUCAAUCUUUCUCUUGAAAAAUGGAUCGUAGAGUGUAAUUUUAUGAAUUAUCAUGUGUUUAAAUAAAUAAAUAGUACUCUGGGAAUGUUUAGUUACUUACGAUCGCACAUGAUAUAUUCGUAUUACAGUUUGGGCAAAAACCAUGAAUACGAUCGAAAAAAAUUUGAUUCCCUGCUACCACUUGUAACCACUGGAAAUAAAUAAUUAUUUAUAUUUUAUAA